CUUACACUGGACAAUGAGAUAAACAAGACAGGGAAUGGAUUGAAGUACUUAUAUGUUAAACAUAUGUGAUGUAUAUCCUGACAUGAAGACGUAGAAGAGCUGUGUCUGUCCUUGUUCACAAUAUGGCCAGGGCCGGUCGUCUAUAGGAUUCAGCUGAGGUGACUGUGUGGCCCCGGACCCCAGAGGAGCCUCCGCCAUCUGCUCCCCGACCUACAGUCUCUGUGGUUUGAUGGGGGAUUGUUCGGAUGACAGCGGGAACUGUUGUGAUCACAGGAGGAAUCCUAGCGACUGUGAUACUGCUAUGCAUCAUUGGAGUCCUGUGCUACUGCAGACUUCAGUAUUACUGCUGUAAGAAGGACGACCUGAAUGAGGAGGCCGAGGAAGAUUCCAGUCACCGGUCCCACUCCCACUUUCCUUGCCAUGACUGCUCCUCAUCCCACCUGGAUGGGGCCUUCCCCCCAUACACCACUCCGGCCUACUCUCCAUACGGCUCCCCAUACAUCAUACGGACUGCAGACACCAUGUGCAAUGGAAGGGAGAGGGAUUCAUACACUCCCACUCACUAUGCAGAAGCUGGACCCCUUCUUGUGAUGGGGGGCACCCCUAGACUCUCCAGGGGGCUGCAGGCUCUCAGUACCCAAGUAUGAACUGGAAAUGACCAACACGACCAACAUCAGGACUCUCUAAUGUUCUCCUCUUGCCAAGGAUUUUAUUCCGCACAGGUCGGACAUUUUUACAAUUAUUCUCUGAACUUUUUUUGGAACAAGUUUAGUUAAGAUGAUGAAUGUCCAUAACACAUUGUGAGAAGGAUAACGCAACAUCUGACCAUGGAGGAGAAUCGGGGGCCAUGACUUUGCCUGAACAGAUGACUUGUAAAGUGUUUGACUUUAUUUUUUCAAGGAAAAAGAAAGAAAAGAUAUAAUAUUUAUGGGGUUUUUAAUGCUAUGUUAUGGGGUGAAUAUGAUUAUAUGGGAUAUAUUAUAGAGACAUUUUCUAAGGUAACUAAGUCAGUGAUGGUGAAUCCAGCAGACUGAGCCCGGACAUACACAUUAGAUAGGUGUCAAAUGCUUAUCGAGGUGACAACUAUCCUUACAUGAAGGCCCCACCAUCACCACCAUCAUCACCACCACUACCAUCAUCACCACCACCAUCAUCACCUUCAUCACCACCAUCAUCACCACCACUACCAUCAUCACCACCACCAUCAUCACCUUCAUCACCACCAUCCUCACCAUCAUCACCACCAUCAUCACCAUCACUACCAUCAUCACCACCACCAUCAUCACCUUCAUCACCACCAUCCUCACCAUCAUCACCACCAUCAUCACCAUCACUACCAUCAUCACCACCACCAUCAUCACCUUCAUCACCACCAUCCUCACCAUCAUCACCACCAUCAUCACCAUCACUACCAUCAUCACCACCACCUUCAUCACCACCAUCAUUACCACCAUCAUCACCUUCAUCACCAUCACCAUCAUGACCACCAUCAUCACCACCACCCUCACUCCACCAUCACCACCAUCAUCACCACCCUCACCCCACCACCAUAACCAUAAUCACCAUAAUCACCACAACCAUCAUCAUCAUCAUCACCACCACCUUCAUCACCACCAUCAUUACCACCAUCAUCACCUUCAUCACCAUCACCAUCAUCACCACCACCCUCACUCCACCAUCACCACCAUCAUCACCACCCUCACCCCACCACCAUAACCAUAAUCACCAUAAUCACCACAACCAUCAUCAUCAUCACCACCACCAUCACCACCAUCAUCAUAACCAUCAUCAUCACCAUAACCAUCACCACUACCAUCACCCUCACCCCACCACCACCAUCAUCACCACAUCAUCACCACCAUCCAUGGACACUUGGCAACCUCCCUUCAGAAGAGAAUUGGAGUAAUUGAAACUUAAGUUUUGGAUCAUUCCCUCCCCCAACAUCUGUCAAUGAGAAAGAGUUAAAAAUUAUCCAUACCCAUAAGAUAGUAGGCCGUAAUCAAAGAGUAUGGCUACAAACUCAGAUGAAGAGGUGUCCAUGUGACCAACCUCUCCCCCCUACCCAACUUUUACCAAUGGGGAAGAGUUGGGAAGCUCUAAUACAAUUAAAGGGGUACUCCAGGGAAGUAUUAAUAUAAAUAAAAAAUAAAAAAAAGCCCCAAAGCCACCACACUUCCUGAAUAUGUUCCCUGCAAUCCAUCAUGCCUGAUAUGCAUGGCUCCUGUGACCCCUGUUGUCUUCUCUGGCUGAUUGAUAUUCAUUGCCUUCCUUUCCUCCCAUUGCCUACAUCUCCUAGCAAUCAGCUCUGCCAGUUGGCUCACUCUCUGAGAGCAGCCCCCACCCUCCUGCUCUGAGCAUGACUUAUCAGUGCAGGGCAGAAACCACAUGGUCUGUAUCUCACAGGAGGGUGGGGGCUGCUUUUAGAGAGGGAUUUGGACAGAGAAAGAGUGGAUGACUAAAUGAUAUAAUUCCCUCAUUUAGGGGGAGGGGAAACAGCUCUAUAUAGCUAAUGAAUGAUAUUUAGACUAUGAAAUAGGUUGGUGAGAGGUAAAGGAUGGGCUCUUGGUUUAGCUCCCCAGAGUACCCCUUUGAAGAAGGUCAGCUGAAAUCAAAUAUCUUGGCCCGUAGACAUUUGGUAAUCUCCCUUUUGAAGAAGAGGAUUGGACUCUUCCAGACUUCCAGAUUCUUCUCUUCUCUGACAUCUGUGAACGGGGAAGGGUUUUGGAAGCCCCCAUACAUAUAAGAUGGUCAACUGAAAUCAAAGGGUUUGGCCAAGUUUAGUCUUAUCUAUAUGGCCACCACUCGAAAUCUGACUUUAGUAUCAGAACUAACACUGUUCAUAUCUACCUUGUGAUGGAUCAAUUGCACCAAUAGAGUCUGAUGGAUCCAACCUGGAUGAGGUUCCAUCCGUUAGCACCAGCCGGACAAUAUAGACAUAUCCGGUCAAUAUGACAUCUCGGCUCCACGUUGUAAACUCAUUCACAGCCUCGAUGACAUCACUGACCUCAAAAUAAUGAAAUAUAAUUUUACUGACCUUUUUUAGUAUUUUGAACAAAGUGAUUUCCCGGGAGCUUUUCAGUGCUUUAGUGAUGCCACAUAUCAUAUAUAUCUUAUGGUUAAGACCAAGACUAGAUAGUGACCUCCAAAACACAGCGUGACCUCCAGUGUAAGGAUAUGUUCACACUUGUUUGGACUUCAUUCAGGGUGUAAUUCCAUAAAAUUUUGUAGGUGCAUGAAAAUUGACCAAACAUCGUCACUAGUAGACUACAUUUGGUCCAUGGCUCGGGUAUUCGGCUUGAUAUGUCGGCAUACUGUUGUGUGGGUAUGCUGACAUAUACCCCAAACAUAGUCCACUGAACCUAGUCUAAGGCCUCCCCAAUGUCUAUUUACUAGGGAGACUACAUAAGGAACCAUAUGUAGGAGAUGUUGUCCUAUUAUGGAGAUGCUUCUAGGUCAGAGGUCCCAAACCCAUCCCUCGAGGCCACCAGCCAUCCAGGAUCUGAAUUCUUCCCUUUUCUAGUCCAAUAGAGUAAUGGGAAAAAAUCUAGAACAUUGAUGGCCUUGAGGACUGUGUUGGGGACCACUGUUUUAGGUGAAAAUACAUCUGUUAUAUGGUGUCCAGUGGAGAACUUCACCACCAGAAAUCAAAGAAAUCUUGGUGUUUGGAAAGCCUGAGCCCUACAUGUUUUUUAUCUAAUGAAAGUCAUCAGGGGAACAAUAAACCUUCUGCUAUGGAUGGGGAACAAGUACAAAGCUCUACCACAUUUUUCCAUUUUUCCAACCGAUUGAGCAUUUUCCAUAUAGCCCAGUUGACCCUUAUAGAUGCCCCAUGAGAGCUCCAUAUGAUUCUGAGGUCGUACGGAGCCGUAAUACAGCCAUGUGUAAGAGGACUUACAAAAGAGCCAAGAACGGCGACUCAUCCAGCCUGACUUAUGUAAAAUGACAUAAAGGGGUACUCCACUGGCCAGUGUUCGGAACAUUUAGCACCCAACACUGUGUGCCCACUGCGGGGGUCAGCCCUUCAAUGCAAGUCUACGGGAGGGGGGACGUGACAGCCGCCACGCCCCCUCCCAUAGACUUGCAUUGAGGGGGCGUGGCUGACCCCUGCAGCGCGCACAGAGCUGCUGGCCAGAGGAGUACCCCUUUAAAGGACAAGUAUAAUGUAAAAAAAAUGUAUCACCUAUCCGAAGGAUAGAGAGGAGUUUUAGAUCAUGGGGGGUCCAAGCGCUGGGUCUCCUGUUUAGAGCCCCGGCUCUCUUAUACAGCGGCGUGUCACGACCCCUGUCCAAAUUGGGGGCCACCACGCCCCCUCUAUAUAGUUCUAUGGGAGAGCCAAAGAUAACCGAAUGGCUUUCCCAUAGAGCUAUAUAGAGCGGGCGUGGUGGCCCCAGGCGAGGGUCGUGACGCGCCACUGUAUAGGAGAGCCGGGGUUCUAAACCGGAGAUCGCAUGGGGCCCCAGCGCUCGGACCCCUCUCCCCCCAUCUUUAUUAACAUGAUACUUGUCCUUUAAGUAAGAUUCCUGGGAUUUUCCGGUCCAGUUGAUGCGCAUUACAACUUGAUAUUUCACCUUCACGAGAAACGUCCCAGUCAUCAAUUGGCCGCGGUCAACCUGCAAAAUGGGAGAAAAAGAAAUAAACAUAAAAAAUUAUAAUUCAGGGUGUUGGGUGUUUUCUCCACUGAUUCCCAUGAUUUAGGGAUAGAAAAAUAUUUUAAAACUUUUUUGCUAGAAAUAUAACUAAAGAAAUUACAUAUUUAAUGUUUAUUUACGAAUGUUUGAAGAAUUUAAAGUGAAUUUAAAGUUGCCAAAUCCGAUUUAAAUCGCAAAUAUAUUUUUUUAAAGUUCUAUUUACGCAGAUGUAGCCAUAUAUUUCAGAUAUAUAUGUAUAUUCUUUAAGUUUUUUUUUUCUUUUUGGUCUAUUUUAGUCUGUAUCCUCUAUGGUUGAUAGUUUAAAGGGAAACUCCGUCCCUAGACAUCUUAUCCGCCAUCUUAAAGGGGUGCUGCGGCGUUCUGAACAUUUUGUCCAGAAUGCUCGGAGCAGGAGGCCGUGAUCGGGACGUAACAUUGUUCAUAAUGUUGAAAAAAGACCAGAGUCCAUCAAGUACAACCUAUAACCCUAAUGAGUCCCUAUUGAGUUGAUCCAGAGGAGGCAAAAAAAAAACCUCAUACUAGAGGUAAAAAUUCCUUCCCGACUCCAAAUAUCAGAAUAAAUCCCUGGAUCAAUGUUCUGUCCCUAUAAAUCUAAUAUACAUAACAAGCGAUGUUAUUAUUCUCCAAAAAUACAUCCAGACCCUUUAUAUUCUAUUACAGAGGUCACCAUGACACCUCCUCCGGGAGAGAAUUCCACAGUCUCACUGCUCUUACAGUAAAGAACCCCCAUCUGUGCUGGUGUAGAAACCUUCUUUCCUCUAGACGUAGAGGAUGCCCCCUUGUUAUAUAUACAGUCCUGGGUAUAAAUAGAUCAUGGAGAGAUCUCUGUACAGUCCUGAUAUAUUAUAUAUAUUAUUAGGUCACCUCCUUGUUAUAUAUACAGUCCUGGGUAUAAAUAGAUCAUGGAGAGAUCUCUGUACUGUCCUGAUAUAUUAUAUAUAUUAUUAGGUCACCUCCUUGUUAUAUAUAAAGUCCUGGGUAUAAAUAGAUCAUGGAGAGAUCUAUGUACUGUCUCCUGAUAUAUUUAUACAUAGUUAUUAGGUCGCCCCUAAGCCCUCUUUUUUCUAAACUAAAUAACCCUAAUUCUGAUAAUCUUUCUGGGUACUGUAGUCCUCCCAUUCCCCGUAUUACUCUGGUUGCCCGUCUUUGAACCCUCUCCAGCUCCAUUAUAUCUUUCUUGUACACUGGUGCCCAGUACUGUACACAGUAUUCUAUGUGUGGUCUGACCAGUACUGCACACAGUAUUCUAUGUGUGGUCUGAUCAGUACUGUACACAGUAUUCUAUGUGUGGUGUGACCAGUACUGUACACAGUAUUCCAUGUGCGAUCUGACCAGUACUGUACACAGUAUUCCAUGUGUGGUCUGACCAGUACUGUACACAGUAUUCCAUGUGUGGUCUGACCAGUACUGUACACAGUAUUCCAUGUGUGGUCUGACCAGUACUGUACACAGUAUUCCAUGUGUGGUCUGACCAGUACUGUACACAGUAUUCCAUGUGUGAUCUGACCAGUACUGUACACAGUAUUCUAUGUGUGGUCUGACCAGUACUGUACACAGUAUUCCAUGUGUGAUCUGACCAGUACUGUACACAGUAUUCUAUGUGUUGUCUGACCAGUACUGUACACAGUAUUCUAUGUGUGGUCUGACCAGUACUGUACACAGCAUUCCAUGUCUGACCAGUACUGUGCACAGCAUUCCAUGUGUGGUCUGACCAGUACUGUGCACAGUAUUCCAUGUGUGGUCUGACCAGUACUAUGCACAGUAUUCCAUGUGUGGUCUGACCAGUACUGUGCACAGUAUUCCAUGUGUGGUCUGACCAGUACUGUGCACAGUAUUCUAUGUGUGGUCUGACCAGUACUGUACACAGUAUUUCAUGUGUGGUCUGACUAGUGAUUUGUACAGCAGUAGAAUUAUUUCCUUGUCAUGGGCAUCUAUGCCCCUAUUGAUGCACCCCAUUAUUUUAUUUGCCUUGGCAGCAGCUGCCCGACACUGGUCACUACAGCUAAAUUUACUGUUAAUUAAGACUCCCAAGUCCUUUUCCACAUCAGUCAUCCCAAGUGUUCUCCCAUUUAAUACAUAAUCCCAGCCCGGAUUUUUCCUCCUCAUGUGCAUUACCUCACAUUUAUCAGUGUUACCUCAUCUGCCACUUCCCAGCCCAAAACUGCAACCUAUCCAGAUCCAUUUGUAAUAGUGGACUGUCCUCUAUUGUGUUAUCUACUAUACACAGUGCACUGUCCUCUAUUGUGUUAUCUACUAUACACAGUGCACUGUCCUCUAUAGUGUUUACCGCUUUACAGAGUUUAGUAUCAGCUGCAAAGAUUGUUACUUUACUAUUCAACCCCUCUACAAGGUCAUUCAUAAAUAUAUUAAAUAGGACAGGACCCAAGACUGACCCCUGUGGUCCCCACUAGUAACAGUCACCCAAUCAGAAUAAGUACCAUUAAUAACCACCCUCUGUUUCCUAUAAUUGAGCCAGGUACAAACCCACUUACACACAUUCUCCCCCAGCCCAAUCCUUCUCAUUUUAUGCACCAAUGUUUUAUGUGGAACCGUCUCAAAUGCUUUGGAAAAAUCCAGAUAUACGACAUCCAGGGAUUCCCCCUGGUCCUGUCUGGAGCUCACCUCCUCAUAAAAGCUGAUCAGGUGACAGGACCGAUCCCUCAUGAAACCAUGUGAUAUGGAGUCAUACAUUUAUUUUUAUCAAGAUAUUCCAAAAUGGCAUCUCUUAGAAAACCCUCAAACAAUUUGCAUAGAACGGAGGUUAAACUGACAAGUCUAUAAUUCCCAGGGUCACCUCUCGACCCCUUUUUAAGUAUUGGCACAUUUGCCAUGCGCCAGUCCUGGGGAACAGUCCCUGUUACUAUAGAGUCCCUGAAUAUUAAAAAUAGGGGUCUGUCUAUCACAUUACUUAAUUCCUUUAGAACACGGGGGGUGAAUGCCAUCUGGACCUGGUUAUUUGUCUACUUUGAUUUUUUGUUGGCGGCACUGUACUUCUUCCUGGGUUAGACAGGUUACCUGCACUUCUUCCUGGGUUAGACAGGUGACCUGUACUUCUUCCUGGGUUAGACAGGUUACCUGUACUUCUUCCUGGGUUAGACAGGUUACCUGUACUUCUUCCUGGGUUAGACAGGUGACCUGUACUGGGGAGUUUACCCUAUCUCGCUGUAUUUCAUCUGGCAUUUCAUUUUCCUCGGUGAAUACAGUGGAGAAGAAUUUGUUUAAUAUAUUUGCUUUUUCCUGAUCCCCGUUUAUAAUUUAUUUGCUAUUUAUAUAGUUAAAGAACAUUUCGGGGUUAGUUUUACUCUCUUUGGCAAUGAGUCUUUCUGUCUCUAUUUUUGUGGCUUUUAUCAGUUUUUUACAUAUUUUACAUUUUUUUCUAUAGCUUUUUAAUGCUUCUUCCCUACCGUCCUGUUUUAGUAGUUUAAAUGCUUUAUUUUUUAUCAUUUUUUGCCCCCUUAACAUUUUUAUUCAUCCAUAUUGGUUUUCUUUUAUUUCUGACCCUUUUUUUCCUAUAAGGUAUAUACAUUGAGAAUUAAAGAUAUUUUUAAAAGUUUCCCGACCCGCCCCCUCCUAUAGACAUGAAUGGAGGAGGCAUUGUGUGAUGGCACAUGGGGCGUGGCCGUGGCGGCACGACCACUACUGCAGAAACCCGGCGUUUGUUUAGAACCCUGGGUGCUGUAGGAGAUCCUUUGGAUAGGGAAUAAGAUGACUAGCAACGGACUAGCAGCGGAGUACCCCUUUAAGCAUAGGGGAUAAGAUGUCUGAUCGUGAGGGGUCUGGCCAUUUAAGUUCACGCCCCUUCCAUUCAUAUCUAUCGGAGGGGGCGUGACGGCUGUGGUCGUGAGACCACAGCCGUUACGCCCCUUCCCAUAGACAUGAAUGGAGUAGGCGGAGCAUGACAUGACGACAUGGUGUUUAAGAAUGCCGGUUUGCCGGGCCAGAGAUUAGACAUUAGACAUGUUUUAUAAUUUACGUAAAAAGGGAAAUUGUAUCAAAAAAUUAAAAAAUUUGGCUUUAAUAAAUCCGCCUUGGUCCCAUUGGCCGUAAUGUUUAGAAUAUUUUACAGGAGAAGCAACAAUCUUUGUUAGAACUCGAAAAAAAAAUCUCCAAAAUGUCGACUCAUAACCAACGUACUGUAAAUGUUCACGGGAUUUGUCUUCUUAUUGUUAUUUCCAAUAAAGAUUUGUCAAUUUUCUU